AUGGCAAUUUCAGAAAUUAAAUUCUAUGGCAAAUUGAACUGCCCAUUAACUAUCGUCAUGAGCCUUUGGAAGCACAUCAGACUAUUGAGUGGCCAUCAUUCACCACUCGAAGAUAGUAAAAUUACAGAAGUGUUCCGAGAUCCUCAAAUAAGUUACACAUCAGUAUCUUUGGAAAAUGGCCAGCGUGGAAAGCUACUUUCGAAUUGGAAAAUUCUCGUCAUUGAAGGGCAGAAUUUCAUCAUGGAAUAUAUCUUUUGA